AUGGCGGCCGCAAUCUCGCGAGACGCGAGAUUGCAAAUGGCCGCCGCGAGAAUGCCGGCGGGAAUGGGAGCCGCGCUCUGUAGAUGCGCGGCAACAGAGCCGGCGAGGCGGGUGAAAGGGGGCCAGGAAAGAGGCAAGGUGUCCGACGGAGAAAUCCGUCGUGCGGCUGAUUUCUACCGCGGGCGGGACAUAGGCUAUGCGGCCGGGUCUCUCCGCGGGCGGGGGAAAAAGGAAAGUUAG